AUGAACAGUGAUGGCACGCUGUUGGCCAGUGCAUCCAACGAUCUCACGGUGAAAGUGUGGGAUCUCACCCAAGACUGUCGUAUGUUGCUGGAGCUCCUUGGACACAACAGUCCCAUCUUCACGGUGGACCUCGAGAGCGAGCAGCUGAUCUCAGGCGACAAGGACGAAGCGAUCGUUUGGAGCCUGGCGGAUGGCAACAUCUUGAGGCGCUGGGCCGCUUUUGACAGCCAGCUGAGCGUGGUGCGUCAGAUCCACCGCGACAGCUCCGGCGAGGUGGCCAUCGCGGCCGGUACGGAGGUUCAUUUGGCCUCCAUCAGCAGUUCCAGCUUCAAGAGUGUGAAACUAUCACAUGAAGCAAGAGUUGCUGCCGUGCACUCUGUGCCAUUUCCAGAGAAAACUGGUGACUUCUUGAUGGCAUGUGGAUGUGUUGACGCACAUGUGGUCCUCUGGAAAUUGUCUGCGAUCUCAAAGGGAUCCAAAGUUAAGACAGCCCCGGAGUUUACCCCCACAAUGCUGUCCAGAUUUAGCGCUGGAGAACAAGAUGUCCGCGCCAUAUGUUUCAGUGGAAAGGGUGACCUUCUGGCAGCAGGCAACGACGACAGCACGCUUCGAGUUUUCCACGUCACCAUUGCGAAGAACUCUGAAGUAUCUGUGCAGUCAUUGUGUGCAGCCAACCUGCACACCGACUGGAUACAUUCGGUUAGUAUGGCUGCAACUGGCGCACUCGUGGCAUCUGGAUCAGACGACAAUUCCAUCUCCCUCUACGAUGUGAAGAAACAGCAGCGUGCGGGCAUCGUCAAGAUCUUCUCUGGUGCAUUCUCCGUGGUUCUGUCACCCAAUUCCAACUGGCUAUUCUCAGCGAGCGGGGACAUUCGGGUCUGGAGUGUGCCCAAAAUGCUCCAGCAGAUGCAAAGCGAAGCCAUGUCCCGAAGGCAUUGCUGUGCUAUCGCUGGACUAACGAUGAACAAAGACGGCUCCAAAGCCGUUGCUGUGUCGCCAGAUCAAAGUGAUGGCAAACCCAACGGAGGCUUGCAGCUGAGCAUUUGGGAUGCAGAAGGAGCUACUCAACAGUCCUUCAUCACAGUACCUGGAUCGAAAGAAGAUGAUGACCGUCCUCUUUGCAUCUGUGUAAGUCCAGAUGGCUUGACUGCAGCCGUGGGAUGCGACACAGGGAAACUAUGGUUUCUGCGUACCGAAGAUGGCAAGACGCUGUGGGAAAUGAACGAAGCACACAGUGAACGGAUCUUCUGUUGCGAGUGGUUAGAAGAUGAUUCCGUUGCCACCGGAAGUGAGGACGGCCGCGUCUGCUGUUGGUCUCUGAUGCAUCACUGCUGCAGCGCCGCCGCGCGGCCGUACGACGCGGGGCUGAGGUGCUUCGCCUGGACCAACGACCGACAGAGGGUGCUGUGCGGAGGAGACUACCAAUCUCCGCGUUUGGUGCACCUCGGCGGAGCAGAUGAAGAUGGCUACCUGCUCAUGGAGUACAAGGACAUCAUUCGACAGGAGCUGACAGUGAGCACCUCCUGUAGCAUCUCUUUGAGCUCGGAUGACCUGAAAGCCGUGACCUGCAGCUGGGAUAAGGCCUUGCGAGUUUGGGAUGUCGACUCGGGAGAACUGUUGCUGGUGGUGACCCAGGUGUCGGACUGGGUUGUGAAAGGCUUUGGAGCUACACUUGCAGGUGACUGCGCUUGUCUUUGUGUCUCCUACAGCUGGGAUCGACAAGUCCAGUUGUGGAAUCUGCCAUGUCUUCGUGCGACAUCCGGUACUUCGCAGAAGUCUCCCCUUCUGGUGGUUGAUGCCCAAGAUGCUCCACAACGACUGAGCUCCUGCCAGUGCGAUGCCUCCUUGGUUCACAUGGCAUGCGCCCUGCGCUGGGAAGAUGGAGUAAGGCGGAACCUGGCGUUUUCGGAUGAGGAUGGAGGUGUGCACUUCUUCAAGGUCCACCUCAAAGAAGUGACCAGCGGCACAGCGGCCACGAAAAAAAGGUGCAUCUUUCAGAGCGCCUUGGAGGAGGCUUGGUGUCCCAAACUGGAGGAAGCCAUUCAGAAGUUGCCUCUGGAAGACAUGGAGAGGGAAUUGGUUCUGGAGCAGAUCCACCACUUCAGAAAGAAGGUGCUCCUCUCUGUGUUGAAGAGAAAUUCGGCCGAGUUGAGAGCCUACCAUGAGGAACACCCCGAUGGCUUGCCGACGAUCUUCAGUCUUUUGGUGGAGCAGCCCAAUCUAUUCGAGCUUGUCAGCCAGCAGUAUCUCAACAAUGCGAAUGCCCGGCAAGUGGAUGAUGAGAUGUCUGAGGGUAUGAUGAAGGUUUUGCCCUAUGUGAAACUGUUGCUGCAGUCUUUGAGGACCCUGCCUCCAGAGUUCCACUACAAGGACCAGGUGUAUCGCGCUUUGUCGGAUAGACACGACCAUUUGGAACGUCGCUUCUAUGCUGGCCGUCUUUUCUACAGGUACGGCUUCAACUUCACGUCCAAGACCCCACCGCCGCCGAAUGAGUCGAUGGGCACGCUAUGGCAGAUCAACACGAAUGGAGAGGCUUUCAAUCUCUCAUUCCUGAUUCAGCGAGAGGAGGAUGUCCUACUGCCUCCCCUCACAUGUUUGGAGGUCUUGUCUUGUCAGGCUGAUGCUGCUGGUCCAGAUGUGAUUGCAUUUCAGCAAGUGGGUCUUCCACAGACCUGCCCAUUGGAAGGUUGCGAGAAAGCAAUUUCAGUGGAGGAGAUGCCGGAACACCUGGCAACGCAUUUCCAUAGCUAUUGGAACUACCAGAAGUUCUCCUCGCACCUCACCAUUCAGGGCUUCGUUCCUGAGAAGGAGCUUCGGGUGCUGGUGUCCAUGCUGAAGACACCCGCCAAUGUCCAAGCCUUGGAGCUGGUGAAUACCGAUCUCUCAGAUACUGGGACCGUCAUCCUGGCUGAGGCUAUGAAGGUCAAUCGCAAGGUCACGCAUUUGGCGUUGCGAUCGAACCUCAUCGCCAAACGCGGGGCCUUGGCGAUGGCGGAGGCGGUCCGCUGCAACGAUGUCUUGGAAAGUUUGGACAUGAAUUCCAAUGAGGUUGGAGAGCGAGGUGCAGAGGAACUGGCAGAGGCUUUGCGGCAAAACACCAAGUUAGAUACCUUAGACCUGGCCAACAACCAGAUAGGGCCCAAAGGCCUUAUUUUUCUCGCGGAGCUCUUACGACGGAACCGCAACCGAACGUUGCGGCACCUGGCGCUGGGGAACAACAACAUCGGACCUGAAGCCAUAGUAACCCUGGCAGGAGUGUUGAGGAAGAACAACACCUUGGUGGACCUCUCCUUGGACCUCAACGCCGUUGGCGAUAAAGGUGCUGAGGCUUUGGGUGAGGCUAUCAGCAGCAACCAUGCCUUGCAGCGUUUGGAUUUGAGUAACAAUGGCAUCAAGGGUCAAGGUUCUGUGGCCUUCUUCAAUGGUUUGAAGAACAAUCACACCUUGGCGCAGCUGGUCAUGGAGCUCAAUCCCAUUGGAGUUGUAGGCGCCACUGCCCUGGCGGAGGUCUUGCGGCAUCACCCGGUGCUACAAUUCCUGGACGUGCGCUUGACGGAUUUGGGAGACGAAGGCUGCCUCCAAGUGGCAGAAGGCUUGAAGUGCAGCCAGGCGCUUCAGCAUCUGGACAUGUGCUACAACCAGAUCUAUGACCGAGGUGGUUUCGCCCUGGCUGAAGCCUUGAAGCACAACCGCACACUGCAAGACCUGCUGCUGCGCACCAACCAGCUGGGAGAUGCAGGUGUAUCUGCUCUAGCCGAGUCGCUGCAGAAGAAUCGUACUUUGCAGUACCUGGCAUUGGACAACAACCAAAUCUCCCAGUUGGGCGUGGCAGCGUUGGCAAAGACCUUGCACAAGAACCGGGUCAUGCAGCAGUUGUCCCUGGAUUUGAAUUGCAUGAAGGAUCAAGGUGCAGCCCAGCUUGCGCAAGCAUUGACACACAAUCGCAGUCUGUUGAUCUUGCGGGUGUGUUCCAACGAGAUCGGAGAGGAAGGUGCUGUGGCAUUGGCAGAUGCCUUGCGGCAGAAUUGCAGCCUACAGCAUUUGGCCGCCAGUUCCAACGACUUCGGCCAGCACGGUGCCACGGCGCUGGGCAGCGCCCUUCGGGAGAACCGGCACCUGCAGGUGCUGGACGUGCGGAUGAACCACAUCGGAGACCCGGGAGUCAUUGCACUGGCAGAGGCUCUCAGAACCAAUCAGACCUUGCAGCAGCUGUCAGUUGGGAACAACCAGAUCCAACGGCACGGAGCUGAAGCGUUGGCGGAGGUUUUGAAGGAAAACCGAAGCUUGCAGAGCCUCGAUGUACGGUUCAAUGACCUCGGGGACAUUGGCACAACUGCUCUCACCAAUGCUUUGAAGGAGAACACCACCUUGCAGAACCUGGGAGUUGCCUCAACGGAACUGGGACAGUUUGGCCGUGCCACAGUGUCAGAGUUGUUGGAGAAGCGUUUGCUGGCCCGCAACCAUUGCACCAACUUCGCUGUGCCUUGCCGCAGAGGAAGCCUUCACAACUGGUGGUUGAUGGGGACAUCACUGACUGGAAGCGUCUCAAUUAUGUGUCAUAUUAUAUAA